AUGAUCAAAAACACGGCUUACAAUCUGGAAAUGCGUCUUCAACGCAUUAACGAGAAACUGGCGCGCAUCACCGCAGACGGGAGAGAGAGUAUAUUUAACGUCGGCUACAUGUUGCUAUCGAGGCGGCUAACAAAUCAAACCAAGGGGCAAGCCCAGGGCACACGGAGUUCGGGCCGCAUUCCGGCACUCCUUGUUAGUGAGCGGGCGAUCGGCGGUAGGGCGUAUAUGUAUGCGCCGGGGCGUUGUGAAGCGCUGCGAGUGGUAGUGAUGCUGUCGGCCGGCGGGUGCCGGAAAAGGGGUAAGGCCGACUUCGGCGGCGGAUGGUUAAAAAUCCAGGAGGACGGCCUGCCCGCCGGCCGCUCCGGCCUCUGGGGCACCGAGAAGGUCAUCCAGGGCCAGGGCCGCCACAAGGUCCGGAUCGCACAGUGCAUCGCCCCGGGACAGUACCUGUUCCGCGCCGAGAUGCUGGCCCUGCACGGCGCCAGCAGCCCCGGCGGCGCCCAGUUCUACAUUGGAGUGCGCCCAAAUCAACGUUGUCGGCGGCACCGGCACCAAGACCCCCACCACCGUCAGCUUCCCGGGCGCCUAUAAGGCCAACGACCCCGGUGUUUUUAUUAGCAUUUAUUACCCCCGGCUUACAUCGUACACCAUCCCUGGGCCUCCCAUCUUCACCUGAUAGGUGGCCACCUAACCAGACCAAUUUGGCAUAACGAUAUAAUCAAAUACUGCUAUCUGUGCCUUUCUCAUGAAUACCUCUUCAUCCCCCACUUCUCCUAAACAGUCCUUAUGUAUAUAUGCUCCAUACAUGCAUUCUUGGCGUUCUCUUUCCCAAUAUAGCUCUGUGGCCU